AUGGCGGUUUGGUUCUUCAUCUUCAUCUCCAUCUCCAUCUCCAUGGCUGUUAUCCUCAAACUCAUCUUCAACUAUCCCUCUCAAAAGUUGCCACCAGGGCCACGUCCUCUCCCCAUAGUUGGCAACUUGUUCUUCUUCCGCAAAUCUUUUAAUGACCUACAUCAUAUACUUCACUUCCUUCAUGCCAAAUUCGGUCCCAUAAUCACCCUCCACUUCGGUUCUCGCCCGGCUAUUUUCAUCGCCGAUCGCUUUCUCGCCCACCAAGCCUUGGUUCAUGACAGUGUCGUUUUCGCGGACCGUCCUCCAGCUUUAGAUGGUAAAGAGGAAGUCUUUAUCACCACGGCCAACUACAGCUCCACAUGGCGUGUGCUCCGCCGUAACCUAACGGCCGAGAUGCUCCAUCCUUCUCGUGUGAAAUCUUAUUCAGCUGCACGCAAGAUGAUGUUGGGGAGACUCUUGAAACUCCUCAAGCUUCAGUCUGGUCAAUCUGCUGAUCAUUCGGUCCAAGUGAUGGAUCAAUUCCGGAACUCCAUGUUUAGCUUGCUCGCCUUCAUGUGCUUCGGAGAAGAACUUGAAGACAAGAAAAUCAAGGAAAUAGCCGAUGUCCAGAGAGAUAUGAUGCGUACUUUCGGUGAAAUGAGCACGGUUUCGAUUCUUCCGACAAUAACAAUGAUCAUGUUUUAUAAACAAGGGAAAAAGAUGUUACAGCUACAAGAAGAAGCGAGACGUUUGAUCAUACCAUUGAUACUAAAUCGAAACAAGGUAAAGCAAGAACAGAAUAACAAACAAGGCUUCUCGUCCUACAUGGAUACCUUGUUGGAUGUGAAGCUACCAGAAAAGAAUAGGAGCCUGAAUGUAGAAGAAAUUCUGGGUUUAUGCUCGGAAUUUCUCAACGGAGGAACUGAUAAUACAUCGGCACUCAUGUUAUGGACCAUGGCAAACUUGGUGAAACACCCAGAUAUCCAGGAGAAGCUGUUUGAAGAGAUGAAAAGAGUGAUCGGAAACGAAGAGAAGACGGUGGAAGAAGAUGAUUUGCAUAAGAUACCGUACCUAAAAGCAGUGGUAUUAGAAGGGUUAAGGAAACAUCCACCGCUUCGCUUUUUGCUGCCUCAUUCAGUGACAAAGGACGUGGCUUUAAAUGGUCAUUUGAUUCCAAGAAAUGGGAGUGUAAAUUUCAUGAUCGGAGAUAUGGGGAUGGAUCCCAAAGUGUGGGAAGAGCCGAUGUUGUUUAAACCAGAAAGAUUUCUAAAUGAUGAGGAAGAUGGAGAGGGAUUCGAUAUAACAGGGAGCAAAGAGAUAAAGAUGAUGCCAUUCGGUGCAGGAAGAAGGAUUUGUCCCGCGUAUGCAUUGGCCAUACUUCAUUUAGAGUAUUUUGUGGCAAAUUUGGUGUGGAAAUUUGAAUGGAAAGCUCGGGGUGGAUAUGAUGUCAAUAUGGAAGAACAGCAUGAGUUCUCUGUAAGGAUGAAGCAUCCGUUGCAAGCACUUUUAUAUCCAAGAUUUUGAUGUCUAUUCGCACUAAAU